AUGAUUGUGAUCUUGUGUAUUGGUCUUUUAGCCCUCAUCUACCUUCUGUCAUUGAUCGUGUAUCGGUUAUAUUUCCACCCAUUGGCUAAAUUCCCGGGGCCAUCACUAGGAAAGAUAACUGAUUGGUACGCCGCCUGGUACAUGUGGGACGGUUCUGCACAUACCAAACUAUAUGUGGUACAUCAGAACUAUGGAAAUAUUGUUAGAUACGGCCCCAAUGCAAUAUCUAUAUGUUCACAGAAAAGCCUGGUAGAUAUAUAUUCUACGAAGGCCAACGUCUGCAAGGCUGACUCUUAUGUGGUAAUGAGUCUUAGCAACCAGAAUCUAAACACAUUCAGUUGUGUCGACAAAACGACACAUGCAUUCAAGCGGAAGAUCCUAUUCCAGGCUUUUACAGAGAAUGCGCUGAAAGGAGUCCAGGAUAAAAUCCUAUCCCAUAUCAGUCCAUUCUGUGAUAUGCUCGGUACUUCUCCUACCAAUGUCUGGGGACCCAGUGUGGAUGUCGCACCAUUGUGUGACUACCUUGCCUUUGAUGUGAUCAGUGAUCUCUGCUAUGGGCAAAGCUUUAACAUGCUAGGAGAUGGUAGAUAUCGCUAUGUACCAAAGUUGACCAAAACGCUAAGUCGCCGGGCUGCAACGUGCAUGGCUCAACCGCAAAUAAUGCGAUCCAAGAUCGAUCACUUAUUACUAGCCAGCUUUUUCAGCAGAAUAAGGGAUUUUUGUGCUUGGGUUCGGCACCAGGGGAGAGAGAGAGCCCGCCUAGGGAACAAUGUUUCUACAAAAGAUUGUUUCCACUAUAUGCUGAAUGCAGUAGAUCCAAAAACUGGCCAAGGCUUUACAAAUAAGGAGUUGUGGAAUGAAUCAGUGCUCUUGUUGCUUGCAGGGUCGGAUAGUGUUGCUGCCAACCUGAGCUCCGUCCUGUUUCACCUCGCACAUAACCAACAGGCUCUGCAAAAAGCUACAAUGGAGAUCCGUUCGUGUUUUAGACAGGUGGAAGACAUUCGCCUGGGCAGUCAGUUAAAAUCUUGUUAUUAUCUAUAUGCGUGCAUAUCCGAGUCUAUGCGUAUGUCACCGUCAGUGUCAAAUAUACCACCUCGCCGUGUGUUAGAUGGAGGAAUUACCGUGGAUAGAUAUUAUUUACCAGAAGGAACUAUAGUCGGAACACCGAUAUACUCCAUCCAUCAUGAUGAGGAGUAUUAUCCGAGAUCAUUCAAAUAUGAACCGGAACGAUGGAUAGAGGACCAAACCACAAAGGAUGACCUUCACAAAGCGCAGGCAGCAUUUUGCCCUUUCAGCAUCGGUCCACGGUCGUGCCUGGCUAAGAACUUGGCGUGGGCCGAGCUCACUCUUACAAUCGCUCGAGUCUUAUUCUUGUACGAUAUUCGAUUGCCGCCAAAUCAUUGUCAGGAUGAUCCGGGCUGUUGCAGCUCGGUGCCAAUGGAUCAGAGUCCUCAGGUUAAGUUGCGAGCAUGGGUUGGGGCCGCGCGAGAGGGUCCAUCGCUGCAAUUUCGUGCCAGGAAUAUUAUUCAAGAAUCCAUGGUCUAACCUGAGAAUAAUGUCUUGUCUUAGUUUGUGCAUAGCUAAGGUUUCAUGUUGACGUUCGAAAAAAUGGUGUUAUUACAGCAUAAAAGAGCAUAAAAAGAAG